AGUUGCCCUCCCCGUACAGUUGCCCUCCCCGCACAGUUGCCCUCCCCGCACAGUUGCCCUCCCCGUACAGUUGCCCUCCCCGCACAGUUGCCCCCCUCGCCAUGGCUCAGGCUCUGGAUGAGAUGGUGGAGGAGCUGACCUGCUCCAUCUGUCUGAGUCUCUUCUCCACCCCGGUCACCAUCCCCUGCGGUCACAAUUUCUGCUCCCAGUGCCUGGAGCUCUGCUGGAAGGAUUCUUCUUAUACUUGCCCCCAGUGCAGGUUCCCUUUCACCAGCAAGCCCGAGCUGAAGAAGAACACCCUGCUGAGUAACCUGGUGGGCAUGACCCAGGCCGCCCAGUUGGAAGUGGGCACCAUUGACCAGGGCCAGCCGGAGGUGAAAAGCGAUGAAGAGCCCGAGGAAGAGGAGGAAGAGGAGGAGAGGGUCCGGGAGGACACUGUGCUGUGUGACAGUUGUAUGAAGAACCCCGCUGCCAAGACCUGCCUCACCUGCAUGGCUUCCUUCUGCCAGGACCAUCUCCUCCCCCACCUGGAGAGCCCGGCCUUCAGUGACCACCAACUCAGCGAGCCCCUUGGGGACCUGCAGCAGAGGAAAUGCCCAGACCACAAUAAGCUCAUGGACCACUACUGCUGGGAACACGGCCGCUGCAUCUGCUGCUACUGUGCCCUAAACCACAAGAAGUGCCAGACCUACACCCUGGAGGAGGGCAAGAAGAAGAAGGAG